UCUAAAGUGUUUGAUACCAAGCAAGAUGAACGGUUCAGAAGUAAGAAUUGACCCAAAGCACCCAAAGAUCCUGGGGGACGCCACAGGUCACUACAUUGCUGGAUCCUUUGUAUUUAUUCUAGGUCUUUGGUGGAGUAUAAAGACUAUUUUGAAGUAUAUUUGUAAACAGCAAAAAAGGUCUUCCUCCCUUAUUACUCCCAAUUUUUUCUCUCGAGCAGAAAUUGUGGAGGCAAUUAUGAUGAUUGUCAUGGCAUCAGCAGGAAUAAUUACUCUGUUUUAUAACUAUGAAAAACUAAAGUCGUUACCACAUAAAGAAAUGCAGAUGAUCAAAACCCUUCACUGGCAACAUUGUAUUAUGUACAUGUUCCUUGCAGUUAUGGGUGUGACCAAGAUCUUAUGUUUCAUCGUUAGUUCAUUGCCAGUCUCUUUGGUCAAGUUAAUGACAUCAAAUGCCUUCUUUGUGGAAGCUUUUGUCUUCUACAACCACCCUAGUUCCUCGGUAUUGGUGGACAACUUUGUGCACAAAGUGCUGAACUUGAGCGCGUUGCUGAUUGCUCUGGCUGCCUUCAUAGAAUUCCUCCUCACAAAGAACAAUGUAGUUCUGGAGCUUCUGAGGUCAAGUUUAACCAUGCUACAGGCGGCUUGUUUCUUACAGAUUGGUUUUAUCCUGUUUCCCAAAAAUAAAGAACAUGCAUGGGACCUGAAUGACAGUAUCAACACUUCAACUGUUGCCACUUUCUUUUGUGCUUAUUAUGCAUUGACAUAUGUCAUCAUUGGUGUUAAUUAUGUUCUUAUUAGUAGGUUCAUUAAGUGGAAACUUAGCAAGCCCUGCCCCUCAGAAAUGCAAUCUCUGAAAAAUUAUGAACAGCAAGAAGACUCAGAAGAUGAUAUGUGAUUUUUGUGCCAAAUGACUUCAGUUCUCCAAGAGAAAAAGUUGACCAGAUCUCUGUAAAGGAUAAGAGGACUAUUUCCUGGGGUGUAUCAUUACAACACUAUGAGACACUAUGAAAGGAGCACUGUGCUUAUAAGAGGAGAAAGCAACUACAGCAUUGAAUGCCACCAUUACCCCAAUCCUGUUAAAACAGGUGAAUGAUUAACACAUGAAAAACUCAUCUUGUCAUACUAGAAGCCAUCAUCUAUGCAGGGUUGUUGGGAGCCGACUCCUAGCAGAAAGUGGCU